AUGCUAACCCUGGGUCCGAUGGACGGGUCCCGCCAGAGCUCCUUCCUCCUCAGCACCCCCCCCCUGGCUGCUCUGCACAGCAUGACCGAGAUGAAGACCCCUCUGUACCCGGCCUACCCGCUGUCCUCCUCCGGCCCCAACUGCUCCACCUCCCCGGCCACCACCUCGCCCAACCCGGGCGGCAUGGCCGUGUCCUCCCCGGGGAUCAAGAGCUCCUCGGGCCCGGCCUCGGGGCUCGUGUCUCCGCACCUGUGCUCCUCCGCGACCCCGCACGGAAUUAACGACAUCCUGAACCGACCGGCCGCGGCAGCCAUGGCCGCAGCCGCCGCCGCCGCCGCCUCGUCCUCGGCCGCCGGGCUCCUGACGGCUCUGCCCCGGUUCAGCAGCCUCAGCCCGCCGCCGCCGCCCGGACUGUACUUCAGCCCCGGAGCCGUGGCCCGGUACCCGAAGCCCCUGGCCGAGCUGCCGGGCCGGACGCCCAUCUUCUGGCCCGGGGUGAUGCAGAGCCCGCACUGGAGGGACGCGCGGUUCGCCUGCUCGCAGCAUCACAACUCAGUUUUACUGGAUAAAGACGGAAAGAGGAAACACACCAGACCCACGUUCUCCGGGCAACAGAUCUUUGCUCUGGAAAAAACUUUCGAACAAACCAAAUAUCUGGCGGGACCCGAGAGAGCCAGACUGGCGUAUUCCCUGGGAAUGACCGAGAGCCAAGUCAAGGUGUGGUUUCAGAACAGGAGGACCAAGUGGAGGAAGAAGCACGCAGCAGAGAUGGCCACCGCGAAGAAGAAGCAGGACUCGGAGACCGAGCGGCUCAAGGGCACUUCGGACAACGAGGAGGAGGACGAGGACUACAACAAACCUCUGGACCCGAACUCCGACGACGAGAAGAUCACACAACUGCUCAACAAGCACAAGCCCGGGCCCGCGCUGCUCGUGCACACCUCCGAUAACGACAGCUCCUAA